UUCACUUUUUUUCCCACUCUUUUUCUCCAUAUAAAAAAAUAAAAAGAAACAAUGGAAUUUUCUCUUUUUUUUAGCAAUGUUUUAUUGAAAGGGAAAUCCGUGCUCCUAAUUUUCUUUCCUUUCACUUUCGGAUUUCCCCCCGGCCGCCGUACAGUGUUCUGGAGGUCGUUAAUGGGACUGCCCUGGCAACUUUCCGGUGACCGGAACUCCCUACAAGUUCCCAAUUUUGACAAUACUGAAGAAAUUACCAAUUACAGUUCAUGGCUGUAAAUGUGUAUUAGAAAAAACAUCCUUGUGGUUUGGAAUCAUUUGAGAGAAUAAUGAAAGGGCUACAAAGGAAGAAGAUUGUUGUGUUCUUGGAUUAUGACGGAACCCUUUCUCCCAUUGUUGAUGAUCCUGAUCGAGCUUUCAUGUCCUCUGAGAUGAGAGAAGCUGUGAGAGAAGUGGCAAAAUGCUUUCCAACAGCAAUAAUAAGUGGAAGAAGCCGAGAUAAAGUAAAAGAGUUCGUGAAAUUGAGUAAUGUGCAUUAUGCUGGGAGCCAUGGAAUGGACAUUAUUAUGACUCCAACUUCCGACAAUGAGGUCGAUGAGGUUUCUUUUCAACCAGCCAAGGAGUUUCUACCUGCAAUUCAACAAAUUAGGCAAAUUUUAGAGGAAGAAACUAGAAAAAUUGAAGGUGCAAUGGUGGAGGAUAAUAGAUUUUGUGUUUCUGUGCACUUUCGACAUGUCCACGAGAGGGAUUUGGAAAAAUUGGAAAAGAAGGUACAGUCUAUUAUUGGAAAAAAUCCCGAUUUCCAUAUAACUCAAGGCAAAAAGGUUAUGGAAAUAAGGCCUACUAUAAAUUGGAACAAAGGCCAUGCAAUGGAAUAUUAUCUACACAUUCUCGGACAUACUAGUAUUGACGAUGUCAUUCCUCUGUACAUUGGAGAUGAUCGAACUGACGAAGAUGCUUUCAAGGUAAUAGAAAUGAGAGGACAAGGAAUUGCAAUACUUGUAUCAUCCAUUCCAAAGCACACAAAAGCAUCAUACUCUUUGAAGGACCCAUCACAAGUUCUUGCUUUUUUGUUAAGGCUAGCAAGAUGGAGGAAGGUCUCAUCUUCUUCAAUUACAAACCCACUUCUUCAAAUUUAGAAAUGGAGGAGGUGAUUUUAGUGAAAUAUUAACUUAGGUAUAGGUAUCUACCAGAGUGUAUAUGACGUUGGAACAAGAGAUGGAAUACCAAAUCCUUUUAGUAAUUAAAUACAUGUGUUUUAUUUGUUGACUAUGUGAACAUAUAUAACAUAUGUAUAUAUACAUUG